UCCUGCCUGAGGAUCUCCUACAGAGAGCUGCAACAAUGCCCAAAAGAAAGAUUGCAGGUGAUACAAGCCAGGAGCCAAAGAGAAGAUCAGCCCGAUUGUCUCCUAUGCCUGUAACCUUUACACUGGAGUUGAAACAUAAAAGAGCACCAACUUCAAGGAAAAACAAGACCACAAAUGUCAUGGAAGAAAACAAAGAUGCAGGUACCAUACCAAUUCCUGAAACUGAGCCAGAAGAUGUUAAAGAAGAAUGCAACGUGGAAAAUGCUGAAAAUGGAGAAGCCAAGAUUAUUGAGGCACCCAUUCCUAAAAUGGAAGCUGAGGAAGUAAAGGAACAUGUAAAUGAAGACACUGAAGAAGAUGGAGGAGAAAAGAAGGAAGCAGUGGCAGCAGAAGACAAAGACGAUAAGCUAGAAGCAAACAUUCAAGAUGUAGAGAAAGAUGAAGAUGGAAAAGAGCACGAAGAUACAGGUGAGGAGGUGGAAGGUGGAAAAAAUGGAAGAAGAGGCCUAAAAGAGAAACCAGGUGCAGCUGAAAGCAAAGAUGCAAAGGAUGCCAAAGAUGAUGAAGAGAAAGGAGACAGUGAAAAAGGAGAAGAUGGCAGAGAGGAAGGCGAUGGGAAGAAGGAAGAAGAGAAAGAUCACAAAGAGGGGGACUCUGAAACAGAGGAAGAAGUAAAAGAACAGAAGAAAGAAACUGAGGAGGAGGAUGGGAAGUGCAAAGAGGAGGAAAUCAAAGAAGAUGGAAAGGAAGAUCUGCAUGAGGAAGAUGGAAAGGAAGAUCUGCAUGAGGAAGAUGGAAAGGAGAAGGAUGAUAGAAAAGAGGAGGGUAGAAAGGAGGAAGAAGAGCAAGAGGAUGAUGCAGGUGAAAGGAGUGAUGAAAACAAGGUGGAAGAAGAAGGAGGAGGAGGAGGAAGAGGAAGAAGAAGAGGAAGAAGAAGGAGAAGGAGAAGGAGAAGGAGAAGGAGAAGGAGAAGGAGAAGGAGAAGGAGGAGAAGGAGAAGGAGAAGGAGAAGGAGAAGGAGAAGGAGAAGAAGAAGAAGAAGAAGAAGAAGAAGAAGAAGAAGAAGAAGAAGAAGAAGAAGAAGAAGAAGCAGCAGUAGCAGCUGGAAACAAAGACUUCAAACAAGAUGGAGAGAAAGAGGAGCCUCUGAGUGUUGUCUAAAACAGCCCUCUGUGAGAUCAUAAUUAGGUAACAUGUAUCUUCCUGUUGUAAUGUUAGUAGAGAUAAAUAUUUUUAUCAGAUAUUUUAUAAACAGUGCUUUUCUUUAGCAUCUUUCAAUCUUGGAUCAUCGUCAUACAGGUUAUUAGUUGCAAAAUGCCUAACAUGACACCUUUAUACAUUUUGUGAUUAUAGUAGUGCAAAAUAUAAAAUGUAUACUUGCAACUUUGUGAAUAUCAUUGUGUGUAAGUUAUACAUUAAAUCUUUGAGUUUCAAUUUUAUUCUUAUACAUGGUAAUAUUGCAGAGUAGGAGAAUUCCAAAAGAAAAAAUUUGGUACAACUUUGAUGUAGUUCUUUAGGUUGCUUUUAUAAAGAAGGUCAACUAUUUUCAGGUAAUGCUAAGAGUUAGAAUUGCCAUUACCAAAUACCUGUACUAGUACCUUGGAAAGAAUAUAAAAUUUUAAUUUCAUUUUUGAAGAAAUUUGAAUGUUUAUUUCAGGAGGGCAGUUUUAAUUAUAUGUGUAUGCACAAAGUUUUGCUGGAUUUAUCAAAAUACAAGAGUUCCACAAAAAAAAAAAACCAAAAAAAAACAAACAAAAAAGAUCAUUCACCAUGAUUAAGUAGGAUUCAUCCCAGAGAUGCAGGGAUGUUUCAAUAUAUGGAAAUCCAUCAAUGUAAUGGCGUACAUAAACUCAAAGAGAAAAGCCACAUGGUCAUUUCAUUAGCUGCUGAAAAAGCAUUUGACAAAAUUUGACAUCACUUCAUAUUAAAAGUCUUAGAAAGAUCAGGAAUUCAAGGCCUAUACCUAAACAUAGUAAGAGCAAUAUACAGCAAACCAGUAGGCAACAUCGAACUAAGUGGAGAGAAACUUGAAGCAAUUCCACUGAGAUGCCAAAGCUUUUAAAUUCAGACUCUAUUUAAGAGAAUCUGACCUAAGUUUGAACUCAGGUAGACUAACAGGCUGGCACCUAGCACUAGUUUCCAAGUUGUCCCCCAACAGAACCUGAGCCUAGCUCUAGUCUC